AUGCCUGCUGUCCCAAUGGGUGCCGGAGAAGCGUGUAAUUUUGCUGCCUAUGCAUUUGCACCAGCAAGUUUGGUAACACCACUUGGUGCGCUUAGUGUCAUUGUAACAGCAGUGUUAUCAUCGAAAUUGCUCAAAGAAAGAUUGAAUUUACUGGGUAAAAUUGGGUGUGCCGUGUGCCUGCUGGGCUCAACAAUUAUUGUUAUACAUUCGCCAAAAGAAGAAGAAGUCUCCAACAUGGCCGAUUUGGCGCUCAAAAUGCGAGAUGCCGGUUUGUUGGCUUGA